AUGGAGUUCGACUGCGAGGGUGUGAGACGGCUACUUGGCAAGUACAAAUUCAGAGAUCUAACAGUGGAAGAACUAAAGAAUGUUAAUAUGUUUUACCCACAUUUCAGAUAUUCUGUGGACACCUAUGUUUUUAAAGAUAGUUCCCAGAAAGACCUGCUGAAUUUUACUGGCACUAUUCCUGUGAUGUAUCAGGGUAAUACAUAUAACAUACCAAUUCGUUUGUGGAUUUUGGAUUCUCACCCUUUUGCUCCACCCAUUUGCUUCUUGAAGCCAACUGCAAAUAUGGGAAUCUCAGUCGGAAAACAUGUGGAUGCUCAAGGCAGAAUAUACUUGCCAUAUCUCCAAAACUGGAGCCAUCCUAAAUCUGUUAUUGUUGGAUUAAUUAAAGAAAUGAUUGCCAAGUUUCAGGAUGAGCUUCCCCUGUAUUCUCAGUCAUCAUCUGAUGAGGCUUGGCAGGUAGACUUGCUAGCCUAUAUUGCAAAGCUCACUGAAGGUGUUUCAGAAAUAAAUUCAAGAAGCUGGACAAAUCAUGAGACUAAAACACUUAAUAAAAUUACCGUCGUUGGAGGUGGAGAAUUGGGUAUUGCCUGUACAUUAGCAAUUUCAGCAAAGGGCAUUGCAGACAACCUGGUUCUCUUAGACCUCUCGGAAGGGACUAAAGGAGGGACAAUGGACCUUGACAUCUUCAACCUGCCUAAUGUGGAGAUAAGCAAAGAUAUGUCUGCCUCUGCUCAUUCCAAGGUGGUGAUCAUCACAGUCAAUUCUCUGGGUAGUUCUCAGUCCUAUCUUGAUGUGGUGCAGAGCAAUGUAGAUAUGUUCAGAGCCCUUGUCCCAGCUCUGGGACAUUAUAGUCAAAACAGUGUCCUGCUUGUCGCAUCACAGCCAGUGGAAAUCAUGACCUAUGUGACAUGGAAGCUGAGUGCAUUUCCUGAAAACCGAGUGAUUGGAAUCGGAUGUAAUCUGGAUUCACAGAGAUUGCAAUAUAUUAUUACAAAUGUUUUGAAAGCAGAGACUUUGGGAAAAGAUGUAUGGGUUAUUGGUGAGCAAGGAGAAGACAAAGUGCUCACAUGGGGUGGCCAAGAAGAAGCAAUGAGUCACAACUCUAAGGUACAGCUGUCUAACAGGGAUAUUAUGAUAUAA